ACCGAGCAGUCCCUGGCGGGAACUAAACCAAAAAUCGCUAUAAACCCUACUCUCUCUCUCUCUCUCUCUCUCUCUCUCUCUCAUCAGUCACGCCAACACCACACCUCUCGACACGAUGCCUUCUUUUCCUCAGCCAGGCACGGUCACCAUUUGCGAAAUCAACAGGGAACUAGUUACGGCAGACCGCCUGGGGGAUGAUCAGGCGAAUGAUACCUACUCUAAAAUACUUGGGAAUAUAUUCAGUCCGAUCCAAUUCGAUUCAGAGAGCUUAUUGGGGGUGGGGACUGAGCAGGAAACAAGUGAACGGAGGAAGGGUAAUUUAGGCAUUCCAUCUGCGGUACUAGAGGCUCUGUUCAGUGGCUCCCUCAGGCCUCUUUUGCAGCCUGCCGAUGUAAACCUCUUAAAUGGUAUUGAUCUUCACACUGUAAGUUGGCACGACCACAAACAGAUUUUAGCAUUUGUUUCUUCACAUCAUCAGGUGACGAUUUGUGACUACAAUGAUUCUGAUGGAAAGGUUCCUUGCGUCUUGUCCCAUGAAUCCCAAAAAGAUGUAAAAAUUCUUGAGUGGAGACCAAAUGGAGGGAAAACCCUUUCUGUUGCAUGCAAGGGUGGAAUUUGCAUUUGGGCUGCUUCAUCUCCCGGUAAUGUUCCAUCUGUAAGAUCUGGGGUGACUUCGAACCCACUUUCUAGGGGCUCUGUGACACGAUGGACUCUGGUAGAUUUCCUUCAGAGUUCUGAUUCUGAACAGAUUACUGCACUUUCAUGGAGUCCUGAUGGAAGAUAUUUAGCUUCAGCUUCAUAUGAGAGUUCAUCGUUCACCAUUUGGGAUGUUUCACUAGGUCUGGGCACUCCUAUUCGAAGGGGCCUAGGGGGCAUAUCAUUGUUAAAGUGGUCUCCAUCAGGAGAUUAUUUCUUUUCUGCAAAAUUUGAUGGAACAUUUUAUCUCUGGGAGACAAACACAUGGACAUCGGAACCAUGGUCCUCAAAGAAUGGGUUUGUCACGGGAGCAACAUGGGAUCCAGAUGGCUGUAUGGUACUUCUUUCUUUUUCGGAAUCAGCGUCAUUAGGUUCCAUUCACUUCACAUCCAAACCUCCGUCCCUAGAUGCACAUCUUAUACCAGUUGAAUUGCCAGAGAUAAAAUUGUUGACCGACAGCCAGGUCAUUGAGAAGAUAGCAUGGGAUGCUUCAGGAGAGAGAUUGGCGGUGUCAUAUAAAGAUGGUGAUGAGCAAUACAACGGGCUUGUUGCGGUAUUUGAUGUUAAAAGAACUCCCUUAAUUUCAACAUCAUUGGUUGGGUUCAUCCGAGGUCCUGGGGACAAUCCAAAGCCAGUGGCAUUUUCAUUCUACGACAAAUUUAAACAAGGGCCAUUGCUUUCUGUGUGCUGGAGCAGUGGAUUUUGCUGCACCUACCCUCUUAUAUUCCGUUCAAAUAAUCUACCAUAGUUGAGAGAUGAACCCAAGAAGUCAAAAUGUAAAUUACCAGAACUUAGUGGCUCUGUCCAAGCAAAAAUACGGUUAUGCAGAGAUUGCAUGCAGCGGUCUUGUCAGUUCAUCACCAAGGAACUGAAAUGAACAAUCUAUGAACAUGAUAGGACAUUUUCGGAGAGAUGCUAUAUUUUCUGAGACACUGUUAAUUAAAAAAAGCACCCAUUUAAGGGUACUAAGUUUGGGUGUAAACUGAUGUGAUCAACUACACUCUGAAUUUUUGUGUAAAACUUACGAAGUUCUUAUUGCAAGUCCCCUUUCAUGCGCUUUAA